AUGAUUGCUAAGGUACUUAUUGUUGCUUGCUUUGCGGUGGCUGCUCAAGCCGGAGGUCUUCUGGCACCAGCUGCUUAUGGAAACCCUUACGCAUAUGGGGCUUGGAACCCAUACAGUUCAUACCCAGCGCAACCGGCAAUUGCUACUCAGCAUUCCAAUAUCCUGAGGUCCCCAUUCAAUUUGGGUCAGAUAUCGACAUACAGCAAAGCAAUUGACACACCAUUCUCGAGUGUACGUAAAGCUGACAUUCGCGUAAGCAACCCUGGUUUAACGGUGGCACCAGCUUAUCAUAGUUUUGCAAGCCCGGUCGUGUCACAUGUCGCUGCUCCUUUAGCAACCGCUAGAGUCGCUGGUGGCCUUUUAGGAGUGGCUUAUUCGGCUGCACCCGCAGUGUCCCACAUGACUUACACUAACGGCCUCGGUCUUGCCUACGCGUGGUAA